ACCCCUCGAAGCCCGAAGCCGGUUGAUACAUUGAUAAUAGUGACAAUCUAACGCAAGUGAGAAUUAAAAGAGAUUGUAAAAGAGAGUGCUGUCCGCUGCUUUUUAUUGACAGGAAUGUAAAUCAUCUCUACCAAGACAUAUUAAGUACUCUUGUUUCAUAGUUUUUGGCUGUCAGUGCUUGUUUCAUACAUCAUUGUGCUGGGUCUUGUCGUCUUGUUCUGUAUGAAUCCACACUUUGUUUGUCUAUCGAACUUUCAUAUAUUCUCAAUCAUCCUUGAUUGUGUUCCAUUCCUCUGCGUCUCAAGUACAAAAUAAUAAUAGUAUUCAACGUAUUAAUAUCAUAAUUAUUCAACCAUGACGGACAUGCAGCAGCAAUUGAAUGCUUCCACGAACCAAGGCUAUUCUCAUAUCUAUGUGGAGGGCGAGGAAUAUACCAAUGAAAAUUACCAACUUUGUAUCAAGAAUGUACCUCAUUGCAUACCCCCAAUAGUCAAUGACCUUGAACGCAUCAUGAGGAAUCAAAUGCAAUUAAAUCCAAGAAAAUUUACAACGUUGCAAGGUCUUCAGCCCAAGAAACAUGAUCAUUGUCUCCGUGUACAUUUCUCAUCAGAAGAGCAAAGGCAAAAAGCAUUGAAGGCAAUCAACGAAUAUCAAUGGUCUAAAGGCUGGAGUCGAGUACAUGCUGAGCUUAUAGGUCCAAAUGUAGACCCUAGGGAGAGGAAUUACUACAGAUUCAAGAAAUCAAUGAUGUCUGCAGACAAUUUGACAGUUCCUCAGUAUAUUGACCCCACUCUUCCUCCAAAUCGAGAAAAAAAUGAUGUUACAAGCAAAAAACCGUUGCCUGAUUUUAAAUCACUGGAUGAUGCUGUCAAGUAUAGUAUUAGUCCAUUGUGGAAUGUUCCCUACGAGAAACAAUUGAAGGGGAAAAAGGAUGAAGCCGAAGAAAUUCUGCGACAAAUGAGCAGUCAACUCUCCGAAGCAAAUCCUGAUGCAGCACCCUGUAUUAAAGAAAAGACAGAGAAAUUUAAUGGUUUGCCAUGCGAAUUUCUUGGUAUCAUCAAUGAUCGUAACAAAGCUGAAGGUUAUCGUAGAAACGUCACACUCACGUUUGGUCAACAUAACAAUGAAAAAGUGUUAGGGUUCCUUGCUGAAGGAACCACCAAAGUUGCGCCAAUUCCUGCAGAUCUCGUGAAUAUACCCAAGAAAAUGAAAGAAACUUUUCAGAUUUUUGAAAAUUAUGUCAAGCGCUCCGAAUUUGACGUUUAUGACCCUGAAACUAACACUGGUCAUUGGGAAGCAUUUACACUCCAAUACUCUGAUACCUUAGAUGAGUCUUUAGCCAUAGCGAAGAUCAACAACUUGUCCAAAAAGGAUAGGAAAACCAAAAUCAAACCAGAGUUGCUAGCCUACUUCAGCCGACCAGAAAUCAAAGGUCACGCGCCUACCUCUUUGUUCCUGCAAAUAGAAGAAAGCUGGAAGGUGAAACCGUUUUUUUUCCAAAUUAUCGAGUCAGGAAAAAUCAAAAAUAAAACAUUUAACAAUUUGGAGCUGCAAAUUACAAAAAGAGCUUUCUUUCGUGAAAAUGCUGAGUUGGUGUACCAAGCUGUGCGCGAUGUAAGCGAGUUGAACAAAUCCAUUAACCUGUUGGAGCUCGGUUGUGGAAUUGGAACAAUUGGCUUGGCAUUGUCCAAGGAGGUGAACUAUGUGUAUGGCGUGGACAAUUGCCAGAUUUCGUUGAGCGAUGCAUCUAAAAACCAACAGCUGAACAACUCGCAGAACAGCCAGUAUUUUUGGGGACCAGAGCAGCCAAAAUUCUCAUUUCUUCCCAAAGACUCUCCCAAUGAUCUGGUCGUGAUCAUCGACACACAUCGUUUCGAAUUAACACCAGAACAAGUUGAUUCCUUGAGGCAGCUGAAAAAUUUAAAGAAAGUGGUAUUCCUAAGUUGUAAUGCAACUGCUCUGUCGCUGAUGCAGACGUUCCCGAAUUUCUUCUGCCCACCAUCAGAAGCUCAACCAACCAGUCCUUUCAUUCCUUGCAAAGCUGUUGCAGUGGACACACUUCCGCAUACUUUAAAAUUUGACCUUGUUAUUUGUUUUGAACGGAUGCGGGAGGCUGCUGCAAGUGCUGGUGUGAAGCGAGGACCUUCCAUCCCUGAGGUUACUGAGCCAAAACGCCCAAAAGCAUAUUACUAGCAAGUAUAGAAGGGCUGAAUAAGUAAAAGUUUUGGUUUGAAGGCAAUCUAGUCACUUUCGCGUACCAAACGAAGGAUAGACGAAAUUCUUGGUAACUUUUGUCUCGUCACUCAUCUUGAAUGAGCACUCACUUACAGUUGUGUGAGUUUUAUUGCAAGGUUUGUUUAUCUCAAGCUGUUGUUGGAUAUCUAUUUGUUUCCAUUAAGUCUCAGUCCACCAAAAACCACCUUUGUAACAUAGUUUUGUCAAGGUAGCAUUUUCCACUCAUUCCAAUUCUGGCCAAGGAAAUUGUUUUUUCAUUUGUUCUUUUGUUACUACAGCCAUCAAGCCAGUUUUUUAAAAAAAAAUGUUUUUUCUCCGUUUUGAAUAGUAGUCAUUUGUUUUCAUCAUUGCUCAAGAAAUCAUUUUUUUGACUACUUCGUUUCUUUAUCAUGUCUGGAGUAUGUUCCUUAAAACAAAUAUUUUUUCUAAUGUCUCAUUCAACUGCGUCAAUCCUAUUCGGUCGCACUCUUAUUUUUUGUUCAUUUUUAAGUGUUUCAUGAUGUGCUGUUCCUACUUCUUGAAACGUGCAUACCUACUAUUACUCAUCUUUUUACUGUAGUUUCUACCUGAAAUAACAUUAUUUCAUUUGCUCUGUAACAUAUUAUGUUUCAAGAUAGUAAAUCACUAUAAAUAAAUGUUUUUCAAUUCGUA